AUCUUCAAGUAAAAAAGCAACUUCUGUCUGAAUUCCCCAAAAAAUCGUCGAAAAACCGACAAUUUCUCAGUCAAAUUAGUGUCAAAACGCAGCCCGAGUGCUCAGGAACAGGAAAAGUAUCAAGUGCUUGCAAGAGUUAUCGUAGUGUGCAAAAAUUUCUCGCAACAAAAAAUUCGUUCAUUGAUUUUGCUUAUCGGCGUCAUUUUGGCAGACAUUUUUGUUGAGAGAGUCUCGAAUUAUUUUUUUUGCUUCCGAAUUUUUCCACUUUUGCGUGUUUCGUCAAAAAUAGAAAAUGAUGUCUGAGGAUCGAGAUCGCAAUAAUCGUCGCAGCGAUCGCGGAAGUCGCUUCGACGACGGAGGUCCGCGCGAAAGAUCUCGCAGUCGGGAUCGCGGAGGACCCGGCGGCAAAAAUACUCGUCGCAUCUACGUCUCGAACAUUCCGUACGAGUUUCGUUGGCAGGACUUGAAGGACCUGUUCCGGCGUGAAGUUGGCGACGUUUCGUUCGUCGAGCUGUUCACGGAUGAGAACAACAAACCGCGCGGAUGCGGAAUUGUGGAGUUCGACAAACCGGAUUGCGUGGAAAAGUGCUUGGAGAAGAUGAAUCGCUACGAAAUCAACGGCCGGAAUCUCGUCGUGAAGGAAGAUUAUGGCAAUGAGCGCGACAAAUAUGGGCGAGUUGUGCCGAAACGCAUCGAUGGUCCCGGCGGCGGCAUGAAUAACAGUUUUCGCGGAGGACGGGAUCGCGACGAUGAUCGAAUGGGCGGAGGUCAUUUCGAUGAGCGUCAAUUCGAAACGUAUGGGUUGAGUGUGAAAUUCCUUGAGGGUUUGGGCAUUCAAGGUCCUUUGCACACAAAAGUUUUCGUUGCAAACAUGGAUUACAAAGUCGAUGCGAAAAAGUUGAAGCAAGUGUUCAAAAUGGCGGGAAAAGUUGUCUCCGUCGAUUUAGCCACGGACAAAGAUGGAGCGAGUCGCGGUUUUGCCGUCGUCGAAUACGAACAUCCCGUCGAAGCAGUUCAAGCGAUUUCCAUGUUCGAUCGCCAACAAUUAUAUGAGCGUCGCAUGACGGUGCGUUUGGAUCGGGUGCCCGACAAAAAUGAGGGCGUCAAGUUACCCGAAGGUUUGAAAGGAAUUGGACUCGGUUUAGGUCCCAAUGGCGAACCCUUGCGAGAUGUCGCGCGUAAUUUGCCGUCGUUGCAAUCGAAUAACGGGCCAGGAAAUCAAGUUCCGGCUCCCGUUGCUCCGCCAAUCACGAAUGCCGCAAGUUUGUUGGGUCAACCGAAUUUGGCGAGUAACUUGGCAGCGUUGAGUGCGUUGUCGGGUGUCAGUGCGUUGUCGAAUUUGUCGUCUGCCGCGGGUUUGACGGGGCUCGGAUUGGGCGGUGCGCUUAAUAAUGCUUCCGAUUCGAAUCCAGCGUUUUCAACGUCGGCUGCGUACAACACAAAUAGCUCCGUGCCAAAUCGCUCAAGCAACGAUUUCGAUCUCGGGGUAAGAAGUUACUCGACGCAAGAUGAUUUCCGUGGCGGAUUUGGAAAUGGAAGAGAUAAUAGCCGGCAGUCGGAUACUAUCAUCAUCAGAAAUCUUCCCGCUUCAUGGACUUGGCAAAACUUGCGCGACAAAUUCCGUGAUGUCGGCGAAGUUAAAUUUGCCGAAAUUCGUGGCGAAGCCGGCGUUGUUCGUUUCUCUUCGAAUCGCGAUGCAGAAGUUGCUAUCAAACUCAUGAAUGGCAGCAGAUUCGAUGGACGAUUGGUUGAUAUCGAUUAUUUCUAAGCAUUUCUUUUAGUUUUUAAUUUAGCAAGACAGCGUCGCAAUCACCCUCUCUUCAUUUUUUUUUUUCAAUUCAUGAUCAUCUCCGUCUUCACACACAAAUUUUCUCCCAAAGAUAAAAAAAUAUUUUUUCAAUCCCUUCUCCCAAAUUUAGAAGCUAAGGUCUCACAAUUCACAAAAAGAAAGAAAAAACUCAGAAAAAAAAUCACAUUUACACAUUUUGUAAGGAGAAACAGCAAGAACUGCAAGCCAAGUAGUAGAGUGUGGAAUUUAUCGUGGCGUUCGAAAAAUAUUUUUUUUUAUUAUUUUUUAUCUGUAAUUGAAAUAAAUUUAACAUUAUUGAAGUUUCUGACGAAGUUGCAAAAAGAACGAAA